UCCACUUGCCACUUUCUACGUGGAGUGAAGGAAUGUGUUGAAGGCAAAAUUACAUUUUGCGCUGGAUUUACAUAAUAAUCUGCAGUUUUCAUGCAUAUUGAAAUAAAUUUAUAUUCCAGAAAACCUAAUAAAAGUGUACUUUGUGGCAAAAGGUAAAGUUGUGAAGAAACGCAAUCAUGAGUAGAUUCUUUGCUACUGGUACAGACUCUGAGUCUGAGAGUGUGACAGAUGAAGAGCCAAUUGUUCGCACGCAAGCUCCUGUCUACACAUUCAGUGAUGACGAAGAAGAAACAAAACGUGUUGUGCGGUCUAUGAAAGAAAAGCGCUAUGAGGAGUUGGAAGGCAUCAUCCACUCUUUGCGCAAUCAUCGCAAAAUCAAGGACUUCUCGUCAGCUCUAGCCUCUUUUGAGGAACUGCAGAAAGCUUAUACUCGUGCUUUACCAGUUGUUACGAAGGAGGAAAACGGGAUUGCACCAAGGUUCUUUAUCAGAGCUCUUGUGGAACUUGACGACUGGGUAGCAGGGGCAUGGGCUGACAGAGAUGGCAGGAAAACAUUGUCGAAAGGCAACAGCAAAGCAUUGACAUCAUUGCGGCAGAAGCUGAGAAAGUACACUAAGGACUUUGAAGCUGAAAUAUCUAAGUUCCGCGAAGACCCAGACUUGCCUGAUGAUGAUGAUGAACAUAAAGAUACUUCAUCAUCCGAUGAUUCUGAAGAAGAAGACAAAGUGAAGGAGAAGGUUAGAGCCCGUCGAUCUCCCGAGAUUCCUCGCCGUGCGCCCCCCCAGGAUGACGAAUCUUCUGACUCCAUGGACUGGGGCUCCAGUUCUUCCGAAUCCAGUUCUGAAUCAGACUUCGAGGAACGCGGAGCCACCACUCUCCGCGAGAAGUUCCUUAAGAGAAACACUGAGAGGGAUGAAGAUGAAGAUAGGGAUAAGCGUAAGGAGAAAAAGCGAGCGGAGAGACAGGGCCGAGGCAAAGUCAGCAAGAAGGAUCAGGCUGAUGAUGGCGGCGAAUGGGAGACUGUCAGAAAGGGCGCGGCUACAUCUGAUAAGCCUAAAAUGUUUGCAAAGGAUAGCGACAUUGAUACAGCCCUGGUUGUGAAAAAACUGGGUGAAAUUAGCGCCGCUCGGGGCCGCAAACGCACUGACCGCCGCGCUCAGCUCGAACUCCUGCAUGAGCUGCGGACUGUCGCCGCACAACACAAUCUCGGCGAUGCUCUUCAACUUAAACUCCGUGCAGCCACUGUCGCAGCCCUCUUCGACUAUAACCCUAAAGUGUCCGACGCCAUGAAGCCAGAAUACUGGUCUAAGCUUGUAGAAAAUGUAGACCAUAUGGUCACAUUACUCUUAAGCCAUGAAGAUAUGGUGUUGAGUGAACAAAUCACCGAAGAAAAUGAACAGCUUGUUACCCCACCGUAUCGCGUUCGAGGAUGUUUACUGACAGCCUUAGAACGGCUUGAUGAUGAGUUUACAAAGCUUUUGAAAGAGUGUGAUCCUCACUCUAAUGAAUAUGUAGAGAGACUUAAGGACGAAGUCAGAGUCUCAGCGCUCAUUGAUCGCGUGUGCCAAGUCGUUGAACGUGAUGGCACCCCACAAGAAAUAUGUCGCGCGUAUCUGCGUAAGAUUGACCACUUGUAUUAUAAGUUUGAUCCGAGGGCAGUAAAGAAAGAUUUACCUCCUGGUGAGGAAACCACUAUCAAGAAAAUGGAGCGUUUAUGUAAAUACAUUUACGCUCACGAUGAGUCGGACCGUCUGAGGACUCGCGCCAUUUUAUCCCAUAUUUACCAUCACGCGUUACACGACAAUUGGUUCCAAGCUCGCGACCUACUGCUUAUGUCCCAUCUCCAAGAAACUGUGCAACAUUCCGAUCCGAGCACACAAAUUUUGUAUAAUCGUACUAUGGCAAACUUAGGUCUCUGUGCGUUCCGCCGCGGCAACGUGAAAGAAGCGCACGGUUGUCUAGCUGAGCUAAUGAUGACUGGAAAACCUAAAGAGCUCCUCGCUCAAGGAUUGUUGCCACAGCGUCAGCACGAGCGCUCUAAGGAACAAGAGAAGAUCGAGAAGCAGCGUCAAAUGCCGUUCCAUAUGCAUAUUAACUUGGAGUUGCUUGAAUGCGUAUACUUGGUGUCUGCCAUGUUGAUAGAGAUUCCUUAUAUGGCGGCGCACGAGUUUGACGCUCGCAGGCGUAUGAUCAGUAAGACGUUCUACCAGAACCUGCGUGCGAGUGAACGACAAGCUUUGGUUGGACCGCCAGAGUCGAUGCGUGAGCACGCUGUCGCAGCCGCUAGGGCGAUGCGGCGCGGUGAUUGGCGAGCCUGCCUCAAUUAUAUUGUCAAUGAAAAGAUGAAUGCAAAGGUGUGGGACCUAAUGGUGGGCGCCGACAACGUCCGCGCGAUGCUUGGCCGCCUCAUCCGUGAGGAGUCUGUACGCACGUACCUCUUUACGUACGCGCACGUGUACGCGUCGCUUUCCCUCCGGUCCCUGGCGGACAUGUUCGAACUGCCGCGCCAACGCGUGCACUCUCUCGUCUCCAAGAUGAUCAUCAAUGAAGAACUGCUGGCGUCUCUGGACGACCCCAGUGAGUGUGCUAUUCUGCACCGCUCUGAGCCGACGAGGAUGCAAGCGCUUGCCUUGCAGCUGGCUGAUAAGGUCGGCAACGUAGUGGACUCCAACGAGCGGAUUUUCGAGAAGCAAGGCUCUUUCUUCCAGCGCGGGGGGGCCGGCCGCGGAGAGGGUAGGCAGCGGGGCGAGAGACCCCGCGAGGGAUGGAACCGACGCACCAGAAAUCGCAGGCGUGACGACGAACGCUCCCACGACGAUUAGAAAACGUCCCGUUUCUCCUCCCCUAGGUACAAAUGCUGUACCUCUUAUUACAAUGCCUUCGGUAAAGGCCUGAGCACACUAGAUACCUUGAUGAAUGUUCUUUCAUAUUCAUUUUAACGUUUGGUGUGCUCAGGCCUAAAAAAUGUAAUAUUUGUAUACAACAGUCGUGAUACCUAAAUAUGUAUAUCACAGUAUAUAUUUCAUUACCUACAAUGUUAUUCGCCGGUCAACAGUUUAUUUAGAAUGCUUUAUUAUUAUUUUUACAUCCCAUUUGAUAAUUUGUUUGGUUUGAAUAACAGUGUAAUAAAAUAUUUGUCACAAA